UAUGAGUAUGUCUACUUGCCAAACAAGUACCGUGACCGUCUCUCUGCCUUCCGCCGCAAGCUGCGACUGAUCGGGUUGGAUAACAGCCGUGUACUUGAUGUGCACUAUCCGGCUCGUAACGUCGUAGCCUUGCUGAUCCAUUCGGCCUAUAAGGAGGAUCUCCUGAAGGUCAUGGCCAAGUACUCGCUUCCGGUCUUGACUGACUUUGAUCCUUUCUCUGGGGCCAACGUGAAGGAUCCUGCGUUUGCGUCUUUGGAUGCUGAUGCUCUCUCUGCCAAAGCACGCGAGUUGCAGCAAGCUCGUCUUGUCCGUGCUCUUGGCUAUAUCCGCGAACAAGUACGUAGACAGGUUGCCUACGACUUUGUUCGUCAAGGCUGGUUGUCG